AUGGGGCUGCCUAAUACGCCAACUCGUACAUGGGGCCGUAUUAUAUUACCAAGUUCAUUAAAAAUAUCAGUGGCCAAGGCGAGGAAAAAAACUAUGCAAAACGAUGCUUUUGGAUUUACUGAUUGGCCGGAAAUUAAAUUUCUAACUGAUAGUCGAUUUGAGUUGGUUAUUACAAAUACUUCCUUAGACGAACGAAAACCGAGUAUUAAUGAUGAAGGGCUUCAAGCGGUUUUAUUUAGAAAGAAUUCGCCUUUGAAUUUCUUGGACUUAACUUGCGUUGGUUUAUCCAAGCUUUACUGUCAUGUGAUGAAUUUGCAAAACUUGACAAAUCUCGUAUUGCGCUCAAAUUCUCUCGUUAAUAUUCCGGAUGAAAUCACUGAUAUAAAAUCAUUGAAAUUACUAGAUUUAUCUCACAAUGCUAUUACAAAUUUGCCAUCCGCUAUGGGAAAUUUGAUAAAUUUGUGUUCGGUCAAUUUGUCGAAUAAUAAAGUUGUUUUCACGAAUCUUCGAUCACUGCAAAUUCUUGAUGUAUCAUAUAAUAAUCUCGAAGAAUUUCCCUCAACAUUACCUCAUAAUACAGCAAAAAUUUUGCUUUUCAACUCAAAUUGUAUUAAUAAACUUCCUGAAGAAAUCAGUUAUCUUUCUGAUCAACUGAGAACUUUGAAUUUAUCGUCUAACAAACUUAGGGACCUUCCCAUCGCUCUUUCUUCUUUAAAUAAAUUGAAGGACCUUGACUUGACUGAAAAUAAGUUCGUCGAUAAACGUUUUGAAAAAUUGGCUUGUGAUAAGAGGCACACAGCUUCUGCAUUAAUACAAUAUCUGAAAAAGAAAGAGCACGUUAUUUCAAAACUCCAUAAAAAGAAGGAAAUAAAAAAUACUGAAUCUCCUUCUUCUGAAGCUGAAGGCAAACUAAACUGUUCUAGUAAGAUAAUGGAAAGCAGCGAGAAAUUUCUGGUUGCAGGAUUGUGUGGUUCGGAUGUCGUAUGCAUUUUUUUAUAUGUUGAAAAAAGCGCAAAUGUGACAGAAAUUUGGCCACAUAUAUUAUGUUGUGCUGUUGGAAAUAUUUUCUUGGAUCAGGAAAAGCUAAAGAAUUUUUUUAAACUACAGAAAAAUCUACAUAAUACGGACUGUGGUCGGAGAACAAGAGCAUAUAUCGAUUUGCAUGAUUUCAAUAAAAUUUCAUUACCUCUCAGAUAUACAGCACUUUCACCAAGCAAUUUACGUAUAGUUCCUUUCAAAAAGCAGAAUGUUCUACCUGGCAACGAACUCAUUGCCGUCCUAAAAGCGGAAGCAAAUGAGUUCCGAAGAAAAAAUAAAAAAAAAAAUUUUUCUGCUGAUUAUAGGUAUCUCCAUACUGUCGAUCUUUUUUCAAUGUAUCCAUCUUUAAUUGAUUCAAAUAAUCAACUUACAACAGAGGCACGAAAAAUUUUGAUUUGUGUAACCAGCGUGGAAAGUUUAAGUUUGUGUACAAAUGUUAUGGUAAAACUAUUGGAAUUUCUGACUAUCAGUAACCAUGACUGUUCUUCCUUGAUCGUGGAACAAGUGAAGGUAUACCAGGCCAAUCAUGAACUUAUCGCCGCAUUUCCCGAUGAAAAAACAAAUAAAUUGUCUCCUAUGGUAGAAAUAAAGUGGGAAAAUUUGAAGCAUUUUGAAGAAUCGAUGGAGACGGUUCUACCUAUUUGUUAA